AUGGCGCAAGUCAACGGCGAUGUCAGCUUCAACACCAUCCCAGACGCCAUUGAGGCAUUCGCCAAAGGCAACUUCAUCCUCGUCAUGGACUCGACCUCGCGCGAAAACGAAGGCGACCUCAUCAUCGCCGCCCAAGACUUCACCCCCUCCAAAGCCGCCUUCAUGAUCCACGUCUCGUCCGGCUACCUCUGCGCCCCCAUAACGCCCUCCCUCGCCGCGAAGCUCGAACUCCCCCAAAUGGUCACGCAGAACUCCGACCCGCACCGCACCGCCUACACCAUCACCAUCGACGCCGCCGACCCGGCCGUCACGACGGGCAUCGGCGCGCACGACCGGAGUCUGACGUGCCGGAGAUUGGCGGAUCCGAACGUCACGAAGGAGGCGUUUCGACGGCCCGGACAUGUGAUUCCGCUGCAGGCGCGGGAGGGCGGCGUGAGGCAGAGGCAGGGACACACGGAGGCGGCGGUGGAUUUCUGCAAGCUGGCGGGCAAGGAGCCGGUGGCCGUGAUUGCGGAGAUGGUGGAGGACGGGGAGGAGGUGCCCGGACGGGCGGAGCGGAGUGGGAAUUUCGGAAUGAUGAGGCGGGAUGGGUGCUUGGCUUUUGCGAGGAGGUAUGGGUUGAAGGUGGUGACGAUUGAGGAUUUGGUGGCUCAUAUGGAGGGUUUGGGUGGGAAGAUAUAG